UACAGUAACGUUACUUCUACUGACAUUUUCAGGGUAUCUUUGUUUUUGACAAAAUGAUGUUAUACAGUAAUUUUGUAACCAGGAAAAUAUAUUGUUGGAAGCAACACUAACCACCUUUACACAAGUGAUUAAAUGACUAAUAUUAACAUUUCUAAGUGGCGCGUGAAACGAUAGUGGUUGUUCCUCGCGCAUCUCAACACAUCUAACCAACAACUUAUUUAGCUAGUAAACGUUAGAUAACUACCAGUGCGACGUUACUCUGAACUUUUACGCUCACCUUAGUUUAGCUUAGAUAGUUAGUUUCACACUCACUGUACUGACGUUUUAAUUGCUUCUCUGAUAGAGACAGCCGUUGAAAAUGAAUUGGGUUGGAGGUUCAAGGAACCGGUUUGUGGUGAAGAAUGAUGCAAAAAAGCAGAGGGAGUUCUUUGAAAAGAGAAAAAUGCAACAGAAGUUGAAAAACUUGGGAAUCGCUCUGCCAGCAUCCCCUCGAGGCACUAGUUCUGGUAGCAUGGACCUGAUGACUUUGUUUAUCGUCAACCAGAUUGCUGCUAAGAAAGAAAAUAAAGAUCCUCCGAAAGUGGCAGUUCUUAGCAGCCCUAAAAUAGGAUCCAAGCAUAAGAGAAAUGAGCCCCUGGUACUCCCAAUGAGCCCCUGCUCCCCAUCCCAGCUGUGUCUUGUUGAGGGCCAGCCUCAGUACAGUAUUCAAGGAACGAGAAAUAGAAAGCAUGUCAUUCCCCAAGGCUUCAAGUGUCAGCAGCUGUCACCAGUGCUGGAGUCAGCAUUCUCAGACAACAGUGCAUCUGACUACCUGCCACCCAUAACCGACCCCCUCAGCCCCUUCUCCUCCAGCACAUCAGCUUCCUCAGGCCAAGUCAAUUUAGGGCAACAGGUCUCCACAGGAAUGUUCCCCCUGCAGAGAAGCCAGACACAGCCACAGUUACCCCCCCACUACACCUCAGGGCUGGAGCAGACCAAGUUUCAGCCCUUUUCCCAACCCAGAGGGAUGACAGACUGUACCCCCUGGUCCCGUGGAUCAAACCCAGCCCCCUACCAACUGGAGACACCCACAGCAGCCCAAGUACUGUUCAGAAGUCCCGAGCCAGAUAACACAGAGGCCCACAGGGACCAAGCAAGACAUGAGGUCACCUUCUGUCUCAACCAACCCGAGGACAAGGAGCCCAUGUUGGACUUCACUCUUAACCAAUCAGAAGCUGAGCAGCAGUUUGAGGGGGAUGUCUUUAGGGGCUUCAGUACUGAAGAAUGUGAAAGAGAAGCUGGUCAUUUUGGGAGAGGAAACUCCAAGAUAUAUCUCAAAGAUGAAACACCAGCACCACAAACUGUCCCUGACCCACAGUGCAUGGUAGUGGAGGGAAGCGACCACAUACAUCUCUCCAACUGCACUGACAUGCACUUUUCAUGUCUUGAACACAACAAUGGUCCCAUGAAUGACUGCGAAUACUCGCCAAGUUACUCUUGUAGCGGAGGUUACCGCAGUUCAGACUCAAAUGAUGAUGAAGAAUGCUGUCAGCCAUGUCUCCAGGCUGCCUCUUCCUACAUGGACCAAGCCUGUUAUGCAGAUAGCCUAAACCCAAACCAGGGGACACAACACACACAGGGGAAUCCAAAACAAAGGCACACCAAGCCCAGGCCUCCCACCCCGCUCCUGAAACCCAAAAUGAACUCCAGAGACAAUCAGAAAGUUAUGGAGAACGUAUCUUUCCAAGUUAAAGCCCUAGAAAGUAAUAGCCGACAGACGGGAAGCAACACAGCUCAGUACGCCUCUCCUCAAGCUCUGGCUCAAACUCCGAGCUCAGAGCUGUGCAAAUGCAAGAGAACGUCCAAUGAAACUCGAGAUGCUGGAACUCAAACUGUCGACGGCCCCACAGCUGAGACACGUCACACCUCGACUCAGUGCAGCUUCGUUGCGGACGGUGCAACCGAAGCCACUGGGUUUAACUUGAGCCGACCACCUGUUGAUGUGUCAGUACAGCAUCCAGCCACAGGGAGGCGCACCGAUACUGCCGCUGAGCCAAGCACACGCACUCCUUUGUCAGGCGAGGCCUGGAGUGGAGAGAAGCACACGCCCUGGACCAAGAAGAAAUCCACAGCUGGUUUCCUACCAGGCAGCAGCAUUAUGAACAAAUGCACUGCCAACAACAGUGAUGGCAAAGUGAUCCUACAGAGACCCAGAAACCCCUUUCCAGAUGCUCCGAGCAUGACUGACGUCGGAGGUAAGGAGAAUAGAGAGGGCAGAGAUGAGAGAGGGCCACAGGAAAAUGGCCGUCUGGUGAAAGACCUCUCAAGUGAAGUGAGGGAGGAGGUCACAUCUGCCACCAGAGCUAACAGACUCUCAGAAGAGGGCCAGACACUUCAGGAAAUAGCUGAUAUUUUGCUCAUGCUCAAACAGAGGAAAGAAGUAGGGAAGUAAAGUAACGUAGAUGGAUGAAGCAGCAGGAAAAAAAAAAAACAUGCCUGUUCUGUGCAUGUUUUUAUUUUUAUUUUUUUAUUUAAAGCAUUAUUUAAUAGUUUGUUUUUGGCAUAUAAACCACAUCAGUUACUUAAAGUGUUCGUAGUGUAGCGUUGUAAGAGACAGUGAAAUAAAGCUCCAAAGCGUUACUCUGAUUCAUAAGUUUAUUUCUUUCCCCGUAUACAUAUUCUAGUGUUAAGAUUUCAUGAAGAUAUUUAUUUUUGUAUAGAAUAUAAACUCUAGCCAAACAAAUACAGCUUGAACAAUAAUCAAUUAUACUAUACAGCACUCUUUUUUUUUUUUUUUUUUUUUAUUGGUAUUUUUUGUGGUUCCUCGUAAACUGUAGAAACACAUAGAAAAGAAUUGCGACCAUUUCACCAGAAGAACACAUUAAAUGCCCCCGCCGUAGUGGUAGAGGACACUGUUAACACAACUGGAUGUCAACAGCUGAAACAAUCACGCUAAAUAUUUGGUCAACACAAGUUUAAUUACACACUCUGUGUUAUGGAGCUUCAUCUGUGUGCGUUUUAACUGUAAUAAUACUUUCAGUACAAAACUAGUUUGUGUGUUGUUUUUUUAAGACAUCCUGGACCAGAUGAAAAUCUAAGAUAAAAUAAUACCCUCACAUUUUGAAUUAUAGUCAGCCAUCUUUCGCCACCUUUAAACUGUAAGCCAUUAGUCUUGUCAUUUAUGAAAAUAAGAUGGCACUAAUUCCUGUUAUACUGAUUAAUCAUUUUCAUAAGCAUUCUUAUGUAAAGGUGACACCUUGACAAUACCAAACAUAUCACAAUACUUGCAGAUACUUCAUUCAACUUGACUGUCACUGAAAAUGUCAUUACAUUGUGCCAUGGUAUUUGAUAAACAGCUUCUUAUUUGAAAAGUUUAUUAAAAAGAGGUAUUAUAUUUUAUUAAAUGAUGAUAGGUUAGGACCCACGUGUCAGAAAUGAUGGACUGUCCUUUACCCGUUCAUUGGAUACAUCGACAGCGCAGCCUGUUCAUUCACCUGUUUGGUUUCGUUACACGACGUUACUCCGUAGUCUACUUUCAAACACUUUUUUGCUACACAGAUAUUACACGUGUGCAUUUGACUAACAAGGUGUAACCUCACACAAUUUUACAAUUUUUUACAAAACAACAUUGGCAAAUUACGGUAAAGCCUACUCCUCGACUUUUGACACGAGAACUACAUAGAUGAUAUGCUCUGCUAUUUGUACAUAAGGCUAUGGAGGAAGACCCAAAUCAAAUACAUGAAAUGAUAGUAAAAAAAUAACAUUCCAUCACAGGUGAAAUGCAAAUAUGUACAUGUCAAA